AUGCCGCGGAAAGUCGCAUACACUCAGAUCACGCCAAUCCCGUCGCACAUACCUCGCCAGAUGGGCAUUGACCUUCUGCACAGUCAUGGCGAACUCAUAGAACUAAAUCCACUGGUGUUGGAAUACCACCAAAUCAAACCUCCUCGAGAUGCGCCCGCGGACGAGUUCUUUUCUACUUGGUACGAAAUCACAGAAAGGAUACAAAUGGUACCAGGAUUGGGGAAGCUGGGAUCAGGGAAGAUCAAUUUUAGGGGCGUGUACCAUGACAUGCCAUGGGGACUUCAAACACACGUAUAUCCGCCCGGCGGCAUUGACCUACGUGUGAAGUACUCGAUCAAAGGAAAUCAGCCGGGAGAGCCACCGGAGCCACGAGAGCUGGGAAGUGCUGCCCCGGCUGAAGGCUUGUACCUUCGUGAGGAUAUUGAGAUCAAAUGCAACUUCACAAUGGUUGGAUUUGUGAAGAAGGGCAUGAAGGACGCCUCGAAAGUUAUGAUCGACCGACUGAUCAAAAAGGCCGAGCUCAUUGACGCAGAACUAUUGCGACAGAUGAUGGACGCGCACGGCAUCAGCGACAGUCAGAAAGGCGGCAGUAUGAGUGGGCACUCACCUCAACCACCAAACUCACCUGGCUUGUCGGCCGUCGGCAGUGGUGGUGGAACACCGUUCUCCCCAAACCCAAGCGCCGAUCAAUUCAAGCGACAUACUAUGAUCGCAGGGUCCGAUGUCUUGCGAAAACGAGAAGAUGCCAUGCGGGCAGCGAUGUAUGGCAAUGGGUACGCGCCACAACCAAGCCCUAGUCUGCAGCACCCCAACAUGUCAGAAAUGAUGGGUUCUCAUCCAUCACAGCAGAGGCAAUCGUCACAAUCAUCUUACAAUAAUUACAGCAACCCAGGUCUGGCCAUAGAAAUGGAAGGUGAUACGCACUUCAAGCGGUCUCCACAGCCUUCGCCGGGUCUGGGUGCGCCUCGACAGUCAACAUACUCAGAAUUGUCGGGAGAAGGAGGCAAUAGCCACGCUUCCCGGCCUUCAAGCGUGGCGCAAGGAGGGGGCACAGAGAUCAGUUCUGGCUGGGGCGGAUCACAGACCAGCUCAAGCCCGCGAGUCGAAUCCCACCCAGGGCAAGGGGGAUACAGAUACAAUCCGAGAGACUUCGCACAGGAGUUGCCAGCGAACAGAUGA